GCAGAGAAAGACAGCAGGACUUCAAUCAACUUGGCUGUUGCGCACUAAACUCCGUGCUUCUCUCUUUUUUUUAUAUUUACAGUUUUGAACUUGACCAUAUUGAUCGGAUACGUAGCAUAAUUAAGGCGUCUGAGUUUUCCUUGCGCGUCUCUAUGUUCUGAAGCCAGAUUAAACCCAGUGUAGCUACUUUUCAGGGGUUUUAAUGACUGACAGCUGAAAACAUGUUGCACGAAAAAGCGCUCGGUGCUUUGGGACCUUUCCGGUUUCUGCAUAACAGCUGUGCGGCGGUGGCGCGCUCUAAAAUGAAAAACACUUUGUGAAACAGACUUUAAAGGGAAAAAAAAACACGAGAGGAAAAGCUGCGCGCUUGGAGUUUCAGCAGGACUUCAGGGCUCGUCUAAUGCGUGUUGGAAAGGAUCGGGACGCAGGAGUGGGCUGCGCACUGACUUCAGCUGGACUUGAUCCUCACUUGGACACACAGCACCUAGCAGAGAACGUCGCGACUCCUCUUCCAUGUCUUCUCUGGGACACUUUUUUUUAUUUGCGGAUACCUGCUUUGUUACGUUGUGGAUGUUUUUGGAGAGUUUUAUAAGGUGAUCGGGUAUUCUGUGUCUUUUUUCCUGUGUUUGAGGCGCGUUCCUGUUGCGCGUUUCUGUUUAUAAAGGAAAGAGGUUUUUACGAUGACAAGCUCAAAGUUACAGUCUCUGCUUGCAUCACUCAGAUCAGAAGAGAAUAACAUUACGCAAGUCCUGAUAAGUGAUUAAUGAAGGAGCCGGGUCGAUAAACAAAUAAACAAACAAACAAACAAACAAACAAACAGAAAAUAGAACAUAAUAAUGGCCAUCUGGAACCGGAGCCGUGGAAGUGCAUACCGGCUAGUGGCAGUUUGAUCGCGCCGUCUUCUGCGCCUCGUCUCCCCGCCUCGUUGUGAUCAUGGUGCCGGUGUUCGCGCUGCUCAUCGCGCAGCUCUUCUUCGGAGGCUGCGCGGGACUCCUGCCGGAGAUCGGGCGCCGAAAGAACAGCCCUCAUCUCUCCCAGGACGCACUGGACGCUUUCGAGCUUCGUCUGCUCACCAUGUUCGGGCUGAAGCAAAGGCCGAGUCCGAGCAAGUCAGCUCUGGUGCCGCAGUACAUGCUGGAUCUGUUCACCACGUAUUCAGCCAACAGCGCCGAGCAAAAGCACCACAAAGCGAAGAGCACAGUGGGCAGGAGCGCAGACAGAUCCGCUAGUCGGGCGAACACUGUACGCAGCUUCCAUCAUGAUGAAUCUACAGAGGAGCUCACGUCACAUCACAGUGGAAAGACGACUCAAAGGUUCCUCUUUAAUCUAAGCUCCAUCCCAGGAGAGGAGUUUGUCACAUCAGCAGAGCUGAGGAUUUACAGGGAGCAGGUGAUGACGAACAGUAGCGGCAACAGCAGUGCAGGGUACCAUCGCAUUAACAUCCAUGAGAUCAUCAAGCCUGCACUUCCUUUUAAAGAGCCCAUCACAAGACUUCUAGACACCAGACUGGUUCAGCACGGCCUGAGCAAGUGGGAGAGCUUUGAUGUGAGUCCCGCUGUCUUGCGGUGGACCAUGGAGGCUCACGCCAACCAUGGCUUUGUGGUGGAGGUGGUUCACCCAGGCGACGCAGAAGGAGACUACAAGAGCCAUGUCAGAGUCAGCAGGUCGCUGCAUGACAGCACAGAAUCGUGGCCGCAGAUGAGGCCGCUGCUGGUGACGUUUAGCCACGAUGGCAAAGGACACGUGCUCCACUCUCGGGAAAAACGGCAAGCACGAGCCAACAAGCCAAAGAAGAAACACAAAGCCAACUGCAAGAGGCACUCGCUCUAUGUGGACUUUAGCGACGUAGGCUGGAAUGACUGGAUAGUGGCUCCACCAGGCUACCAUGCCUUUUACUGCCAGGGAGAAUGUCCUUUCCCUCUGGCAGACCACCUAAACUCCACUAACCAUGCCAUUGUACAGACACUGGUCAACUCAGUGAAUAGUAACAUUCCCAAGGCAUGCUGUGUGCCCACAGACCUGAGCCCCAUUUCCCUGCUCUAUUUAGACGAGUAUGAACGUGUGAUCCUGAAAAACUACCAGGACAUGGUGGUGGAAGGCUGUGGGUGCCGCUAAAGCACACAGACACUACAACACACUUUUGCAAAGACACUUUGUUUCCUAAUACUACCCUUUAUUUAUGCUAAGUAAGUUUUUUUAAGGAUAAAAACACAUAUUUUGGAAAAAAAAAAAUAUAUAAAUCUAUAUUUAUGUCCACUAAUGGGAAAAUAAAUAUUUUAAUUGGAGUUCAACUAAUGUAUUUUAUGAUGUACAUUUCAAUUAGUUUAAAGUCGAUUUACACACAUGAAGUAUACUGAUCAGAUUUUGUAUUUAUUUCUAUUGUAACCACUUUUAGUGAAUAGGUUAUAUCUAUUUAUGUGUAAUCAGGAAGACAAGAAAGAUAGAUUUGUAAAAAUGUUGAAACACCUUAGAUGGAUUUAUGUGUCUCCUUUAAUUUCUAGACUGAAAAGCAAGACUUGGGCUAUUUUGUGCAGAGCUGCUAAAGCCCGAAAAAGUGUUAAAAAAUGUGUUGCAAUUUCAGUUCCAUCCACACUAUAGGGUCAAACGGAGUAUAGAAUAUAUUCGAUCAAAACAAGAGCAUUGGGCCUUUCUUAAGUAAUAAGCAUUGGUGAAUGUGAAUGCACUUAUCUAGAAGCAAUGUGACAGGUAGUUGACACUGAAUCCUCAGGAACUUUGUUGGUAUGCGUGAGAUUCACACUAUGAGUCUAUGAAAUCUACCUACAAUAUAGCCUUAAACACAACUGCUAACUAUGUUAUUUUUUAUCCCGAUGCUUUGGUUCCUUAAAGGUUAUUUCAUUACCCUUAUAACACCUUGUCAAGUCUCCUUAACUGAAUAUGUCUUGUUCACCAGAUGGCAUAAUAAUUAUUCUAAUGCUCUUACACUGUCAAUAACUCUGUUAUACAAACGGGGAUGCUGUUGAAGAAGUCAGCUUCUUUGUCAUUUACAUGUCCAAAAAGAGUACAUAAUGCAACUCCAUGCUGCUAGUCAAAUAUUAUGCUAUAACAAUUAACUCUCUGUUUUGUCUCUCAUUUGGGGUUUUAAAUGUUUAUAAAAUCGGCCAAACCUC